UAAUGUGCGGGGGGUUUGGCUCCGGCUGGAGGAGGAAAAGUCGAGGGGACUGUGGGAGUCCCUCAGCGCGCAGUUCGGGAGGUGAGGUCAGGCGCUUCCCCGUUUGGCUGGCCCCAGUGUCGAGUGGUUUUUCCUCUGCAAACACCGAGAGGUUUAUUACCGUUCUAUCGGAGGGGAUAUUACACGUUCUUGUGGAUGCACACGGACUCGGUGCGCUCAGUAAAACACGCACGGUGGUUUAUCUAGGAAAAGAGUGAUGGUGGACAAUUCCAGUAGCAGCAAAGCGCAAGUGCCCAGCUUGUCUCAGGACAGCAGUUUGGCUGGUGCCUUUUCCCAGGCAGCUUUCGGAGGUGCAGCUGGAGUCAAACUGGAGGCGGUUAUGGAGCAGCUCCAGAGACAACAACAAGCUAAACUGGAGAUGGAGCGCAAGGAGAGACACUUCAGGGAAGCCCAUAUUCUGUAUGCCCAGCAGCUGGCUGCACAGCAAGCCAUCAUGGCCUCCAGAGCUCAGGGUGCCCAAUUAACCCCUGAUUUCUACAGCAAAAACUCCAGAGACAGAGCAUUGAAAGGCGGCCAAGGGCCUCAAGCUGCCAGGGGACCCAUGAAAACCAGCCCUGACCAAGUACAUGAGGAAGAUGCCGCUGAUGAGAUGGACAGAGGAAGAGGGUCUGAGGGGGACGAAGACGACGAUGAUGAAAUGAUGGAUGGAGAAGACGGUAGCGAAGAAGAGGAAAGUGAAGGCUUGGAGUUCCUCCGAAAGCAAAGCCUUGCGCUUCAGCAAGCAUCUGUCGGAGUUCCUCCGUAUGCGUUCCCCGUCUACGCCGCAUCGUCAUCUGCUGCUAAAAAACAUCCCGUGUCUCCGACCACUAAGGUGAAAGACGAGCCUGACGACUCUCCUACCGACCAACAAUCCUUCAACACACCAAACGGACUGAAUGAUUGGAGUCUGGAUGACUCACUCAAACAGAAUGGAAAUUCGAGUUGGAACGAGGAAGGCGAGGGUGGGAGAAGCCGAGGAGAGGCCUCCAGAGACUUUGCCAAGCUUUACGAACUGGACAACGACCCAAAUCGGAAGGAGUUCCUCGACGACCUUUUUACAUACAUGCAGAAACGAGGUACUCCUGUGAACCGAAUCCCCAUCAUGGCCAAGCAGGUGUUGGAUCUAUACAUGCUUUACAAGCUGGUGACGGAGAAGGGAGGUCUGGUGGAGGUGAUAAACAAGAAAAUCUGGAGGGAGAUCACCAAAGGCCUGAACCUGCCCACCUCCAUCACCAGCGCCGCCUUCACCCUGCGCACACAGUAUAUGAAGUACCUGUACCCAUACGAAUGUGAGAAGAAGGGUCUGAGUUCCCCUGGAGAGCUGCAGGCAGCCAUCGACAGCAACCGCAGAGAGGGCCGUCGGCCCGGAUACAGCAACAGCCUGUUCCGCUUCUCCCCUUCUCCCAGUGCCUCGGGCCCUCACCUCCUCUCUCCUCCCAAAAUGCACCUGCCUGCCACGGCACAUAACGGACUGCAGGCCAGCCCCAGUCCUGCCCUGAAGAAAGCCUCAGUCCCAGAGGACGGUCCAGCCUCCAUGUUGCCAGGUCGACUCCCCUUAGCCCUGGCUCUCGGGCAUCAGCAGCAGCUGGCACGCGCCGCCACCCUGGAGCAGCUGAGGGAGAGGCUGGAGACCGGCAUGAGCGCGGGGGCCGCCGUGCUGGAGGGGCCCGAGAGGAAGAUGGCUCGUCUGGCGGAGGAGCAGCAGAGGCUACUGCAGCAGGCUUUCCAACAAAACCUGCUGGCCAUGGCAUCACAGGUGAACCCUGCCAACCUGCGGAUGACCAGCAACACCAACACCCGCGAGGAAAAACAGGACCUGUCUCUCAGCAUUUCUUCUAAUGGCUCUGCUAGCAUUACUGUGUCUGUGGAGGUCAAUGGGAUUAUUUACUCAGGAUCCUUGUACGCACAGAAGUCUGGUGCUGUUCCCACCGCGGUCUCAACCAUGUUCCCAGGCCAGACCUCCACCCUCAGUCCCAGAAUGCCCUCUUCCUCCUCCUCUUCCUCAUCAAAGGGCCCCGACUCUGUGGAGCCGGCCACAGGAGUAUCACCCUAACAGUCAUCAGCUCCCUGAACCAAACCGCCAGUCAGUCCAACCCAAACGAGUCUUUCCUCAGAGCGGCGGGAGACGUUCUGCCCUCUAGAGGAGACGCAGCAAAUCACAGUCUGCCUCCCACACAAACCACAGCUGUGAAGGGAGGACCACACACAUACACUUAUACAAACUCAUCAGCUGUCAAAGCUCAUCACAGACCCCACCUGCUCUUUUCUACAAGAUGUUUUUAGAGAUGUUUGAUUCAACAGAAUACCUCAGCUGUCUUAAUCUCAGUGCUACCGUGAGUGUAAACAUCGUGUAAUCAUGCCUUUCUACACCCACAGUCAUUCACUCACAGAGAUGUGCGAAGCAAUCAUGGCGUGAUCAAAUCUACUUCUGCCAAAGUCACAUUUGUGAGGUGGUGGUUGACACUUUCUCUCUCUUUUUGCUGUCUAUUAAUUCUCUUAUUUAAAGUUUGCUGAAUUUACCUCAUCUGCAGUGAAUUUAAAAGACUCAGGAUCGAUUAUGAUACUGCUGUGUUGCUCUUUGUCAAAUUUGAUGGGUUUUAAAACACGCUAGAAUCCCCAUCAAGUGUUGCAAAGUUGUUUUAGUAAGAAGAGGGGUCACAGAUAUUUUUCCUUUCUUUACAAAUAUUUACUUGAUUUUAUUGUUUUCCAUUUACGUUGUUUUUUAGCUUCUAGAUACAGAAAUAUUAAUAUGAUUUGAAGAGUUUUGAGUUUGCAUUUUACACAGCUGAGAGGUUGUUUUUUUUGUUGUUGUUGUUCUUAUUUAGACAUAUUUACAGGCAACAGUUUGGUUGAAAGAUUUUUCUCUACCUCAGACACAAGACAAUGUACGGUUGAAAAGAAAUUAUGUGGACACGCGUUGUCGCACGUCAAUCAUUUCUGUGCGUUGGACGAUCAUGAACAGGCUCGUAAAUAUAAGAGCCUCGAUUUAAUGUACUAUUCUUCUACUCUGCUGCGCAUGCGAGUUCUUUAAAACAAACCAGGUCACGGAAAAGCAGGAGAACAUUCAAAUCAAAGAAAGAUUGGAUGUUUAUUUUAUUUUGUAUUUUUAAUUGUUGAACUUCAGACCUCACAUAUCUUUCCAUAUUGGAAAGCGAGUUUCUCAGGAAUUUCUUAAUUUUUUUUUUUUUUUUUUCUCGUCAUAAAAUUUUAACUUCAGAACCUAGAUGCAGUCUCGCUCCUGAAACGAAUGACACUAGAUAUUAUAACUCGGUCAGUGUGGGACUGAAAUAGCUACCUCAGUCAGGAUUUACUUCAGAUGUAGUUCAACUGCCUGCAGUACGUCACUGAAGUACUGCUGUCUUUUAAUGCAAAAGGUCUCUCAGGUAAUGAAUUUGCUAAAUACCUCAGUGAAAGGCAGAACAACGUUAAUACAAGUGCGAGAUGAGAUUAUUGUUUGAAGAGUUAGAUGCAAUAUCUCAUAUCCAUUAAGUAUUGAUCAUCGCAUGUCAAACUGACUUCCUGUACUUCCAAUACACUUCCAGUAGCAAUCGAGGCUUGUUGGCUGGUUAUGUUCACAAACUCGUGCGUAUUUAGCCUCGUCAGCAAUUAGCUUUACAUUUUUAGCCGUUUUGAUUCCUGCAUUUGCUUGACCCUGGGAUCUGCUGGGAUACAGACACUUUUCAUUUCUUCCGUUUUAAUUUCUAUAUUCUUCAGAUAUAACGGCAUAGCUGAAAACCAAAGACCAUGUGUUUGUUAUCCUCUUUGAUGACCUCACUGUAAAGACACAUGCAACCUUACACAAUGAAAUUAAAGUCUGAUCUGAUGCAAGAUU